CAGGUCAAGUGCAGCAGAGGUAUAUAAAAUCUGCCUUGGACACAGCUGCUUUCUUGUAGGCUGCAAAGACAUAACAAUGAUGAAGGCUUCUCUUCUUGCCCUGCUGGCUGCAGUCCUGUGUGUGGAUCUAGGUUACUCCUUACGCUGCUAUGUCUGCAACGAAGAGCCCUCCAACUUGAAUUGUCUGGCCUCAAAGGAGUGCGCAUCGCAUGAAAAAUACUGCAUGACCACCUAUGUCUCUGGAGGACUCAGGAAUGAAAAAGACUUCCGCAUCACCAAGAAAUGUGCUGCAGAUUGCUCUAAAUCAGAUGUGAACCUUGGCGUCUCAUCCAUUUCAACCAACUGCUGCGAUACUUGGCUGUGCAACAUCAGCGGAGCUAGCAGCGUGAAAACCAGCUUUGUGGUGAUGGCAUUUGGGGUCUUGGCCAGCUUCCUCUGUGUCCUUCGAGUUGGGCUGUGAUGGAGCGUGGCAAGAAAAAGGAUUUGGCUUCCUCUAGAACUUGCAUGGGCUUUUCCCGGGGGACGCCAAGAUGCUGUCAGGUGCAAAAGUUUCCAUCGAGAUCAGUAGGGCCCCAGUUCUUCCAAGCACCAUUGCAGAUCCCAGGCUGUUUCUCACUCACUCUAUGUACUGCGGUCUUUUCUGCUAGAGACAGGAUUUGUGAGAUGUGGGUCACCAUGUUGCCCUUCCUUUGUGGGGAGGAUAAGUACCUGAAAGAGUAGCUUGUGCUGUGGUGUGGGAUCGGGGGACUGGGGAAGUAGCUAAGAGAGGUCUCCACAUCUUUCAUUGCAUGCUAGUGUUGGGGACCUGGGAUGUUGAGCCCUUUCUAAUGCCCCACCUCUCUCCUGAGCAACAAUCUCCUCUCGAUCUCUUCCUACAACAUGCCCACCGACAUCUCAAGAGCCACCUUCCCUGCACCUCUUGUGCCUGAAGCAUGCCUCUAACCUUGGCUGUGGUGGACAUCAAUCACCGACUCUCCAGUUGGCACACUGGCACCUACCUCCCACCCCGUGUUUGUGCCCGAAAGCUUGCAUGUGACUUCUGCCAUGUGACUUGUGUGUGAUUUCUCUCUGGAGAAGCUCUUCCUAAUAAAAUGUGUCUGAGUGG